GCAGCGCGGGGCUCGAGCAGGGCCCGGCCGGCGGCCGAGGCCGCGGCCAGCCGGGGCCUGGGGCUGCAGUCGCCAGCGGCGGGAUGGCCCUGGUGCCCUAUGAGGAGGGAGCCGGCUGGGGAGCGCGGCAGCUGCACAGCCCUUCGGCCACCUUCCACUUCGCCAGCCGCACCAUCCGCCUGCAGCAGGACUGGCGGCGGCUCGGAGUGGCGGCCGUGGUCUGGGACGCGGCUGUUGUUCUAUGUGCUUAUCUGGAGAUGGAAGGCAUUGAUCUCAGGGAUCGGUCCGUGAUUGAGCUGGGAGCCGGGACUGGAUUGUUGGGAAUAGUGGCCACGUUAUUAGGUGCUCGUGUCACUAUGACAGACAGGGAGGCAGCGCUGGAAUUCCUGGAGUCAAACGUACAGGCUAAUUUACCCUCUGAACUACGUCCAAGAGCUGUGGUGAAGGAGCUGACUUGGGGAAAAGACCUGGAUAACUUCCCUCCAGGAGCAUUUGACUUCAUCCUGGGUGCAGACAUCGUUUAUCUGGAAGAAACUUUUGCAGAGCUGCUUCAGACGCUGGAGCACCUGUGCUCAGAGAAAACUGUGAUUCUUCUCGCCUGUCGUAUCCGCUAUGAACGGGAUCACAAGUUCUUGAAGAUGCUGAGAGAUCGUUUCUCCGUAUAUGAGGUCCACUAUGAUUCCAGUAAGGAUGUUCAUAUCUACAAAGCACAGAGGAGUAGUCGCAAGGAUGACUUUUGACUCUAUGCUUUGUUAAUAAAGCACUGCUGCUGUUCAGUUCUCCCCUUUGUUUCUACUCAAUACACUCAUUCCUAAGCAUAAA